AUGGGUAGCCCCAAGCCUGGCAUGCAACAAGGAGGCCACGGAGGAGGAGGAGGAAUAGGUGGAAUGGGAGGAGGAGGAAUGGGAGGAAUAGGUGGAGGAGGUAUGGGAGGGAUGGGAGUAGGAAUAGGCGGAGGUGGAGGAGUAGGGUCCAGGGCUGGCGAGCCCUACCGCCUGGCCACUCACGAGACUCCGACUUCCCCCCGACAUAUGCAGUCAAGCCAGGGGCCCGGCAUGGGGCAUGGCCCCGGGUCUGGCCACGGGAUGGGUCACGGUCCAGCUGGGUCCGGCAUGGUGGGCCACGGAGGUCAGCCAAGUUCCGGUCAGCACGGCUCCCGUCGAAACCUCCAAGUGGACUUCAGCGGUUCGGGCGGCUCCAGGACAGGCCGGUCUCCCUCUGCGUCUCCUGAUCGUGGCGUGACGCCCACCUCGCCCUACUCGGUGCCGCAGAUCGCUCCAAUGCCGAGAAGCAAACUGUGCCCAGUGUGCACCUCCACAGAGCUGUCCAACCCACCGGCUGUACCCAACUACAACACCUGCACCCAGUGCAAGGCCACCGUCUGUAACCAGUGUGGAUUCAACCCCAACCCGCACCUCACUGAGGUCCAGGAGUGGCUGUGUCUGAAUUGUCAGAUGCAGAGAGCCCUUGGCAUUGAUAUGACCACGCCUCGAUCUAAGAGCCAACAGCAGAUUCACUCUCCGUCCCACCAAGCCAAACCCAUCGUUCAGCCUCAGCCGCCUGCACCUCAGCCAAUUCAGCCAGCAGCAGCGGCACAGCCCAAACCUUUGGCACAGAAUCAGCCCAGCCAGCGGCAGCAGCAACAUCAGUCUCAGCCUUACGGCCAGAGUCAACCAUACUCCCAGGCCCAGCCAUACUCCCAGGCCCAGCCACACUCCCAGGCCCAGCCACAGGCCCAGCCACACUCCCAGGCCCAGCCAUACAGCCAGGCCCAGCCAUACUCCCAGGCCCAGCCAUACUCCCAGGCCCAGCCACACUCCCAGACCCAGCAGUAUCCCCAUUCUCAGACCCAGUCGUACCCUGGGUCCAAGCCAGUGCCCCAGACUCAGCCACAUACCUCUCCAGGCUUGCAGAGACACCCAGGCUCUGGAGGCCCCCAGACUCAGACAGGGUCUUUUCAGCAGGGCAUGAGGUCCGACCCAUACUCUCAGAGAGGUCCCGGGGCUCCAGGUGCUGUUGGAGGUCCCAACCAGCCUGGGGGCCCACGGAUUCCCCACCCUGGCGCUGUGCCGCUCCCCGGCUUGGCCAAGGCUCCGUCCCAGCCCGAUUUGGGUCGCGGUUCUCCAAUGCACCAGUCUAUGGCGCGGCAACAUGACCAGACCAGAAGCGCUGGCUCCUCCCCAGCCCACAGACCUCAGAGUCAGGCCCCUCCUCCUGCCCAGGACGGUCUGACCAAACUGUUUGGCUUCGGGGCAUCGCUGCUCAAUCAGGCGAGUACCCUGAUCAACGUUGACCCUCUACCCACUGCCUCCACCCAGCCAAGCCCUGCACGAGGCAAGGUGGUGUUCAGUAAUGCAACUCCUGACAACAGGCAGCAACAACAAGGGGCCCCUGCCACCAAACCCUCCAGUACGGGGGGCCCUCAUGGUCCAACUCAAAUGGGUGGCCCUCGAGCGGCGAGCCAAAUGGGUGGCCCUAAUGUGCAGGGCCAAAUGGCUGGUGCUCAUGCGCCGGGCCAAAUGGGGGGUCCUCAUGCGCCGGGUCAAAUUGGAGGCCCUUAUCCAUCAAGCCAACCAGGGGGUCAUCAUGCGCCAAGCCAAAUGGGGGGUCCUCAUCUUCAGAGCCAAAUGGGAGGUCCUUAUCCACCGAGCCAAAUGGGGGGUCCUCAUACACAGAGCCAAAUGGGAGGCCCUUAUCCAUCAAGCCAAAUGGGGGGUCCACAUGCACCGAGCCAAAUUGGAGGUCCCCAAAUUGGUGGACCGCAUGCUCCAACCCAGAAGCAGCAGACCAUGCCCCAUCAACAAGGAAUGCCCCAACAACAGUCUCCAGCGCACCAUCAAAAAGGGCAGCAAGGACAGCAACAUCAGCAAACACCUACUCAUCUGCAAAAGGGGCCUGUGAAGCAGGAGCCCGUGGUGGCGCCUGUGCCUGCUCCAGAGCCUGUGAAGCCUAAAGUGAACUGUCCUCUUUGUAAAACAGAGCUGAACAUCGGCAGCUCCGACCCGCCCAACUACAACACCUGUACGCAGUGCCAAGGCCAAGUGUGCAAUCUGUGUGGCUUCAACCCCACGCCACAUCUGGUGGAGAAAAAGGAGUGGUUAUGUCUCAACUGCCAGACCCAGCGGCUGCUGUCCGGAGGUGGUCUCGACGAUCCUCCACUUCCUGUUCCUCAUCCGUCUCCCAAGCACCAGCCAAUGGGCUCGCCCCGUCACCAGGUGCCAGCCAGUCAGCAAAGCCCUCUCCACAAACCCGCCAAUCAGCAGGGGCCCAGGCCAGCCCAGCCCCAGACGCAGAAAGCGCAGGCGGGAACUGGUGGUACUGGACCGUUUGCGCCCAAUGCUGCCAAACAACCGACCGACUCCAAGACCACGACACCAGCUACGGCACCAGGAUCUACCACAGAGACCCAGAAACAGCCAAAGCCCGCUGAGGAGAAACCCAAAACCGAGCCUGAGAACCAAACUGCCAAAGACGCCAAAUCCUCCCAGAGGAAAGGAGAGCAGAUCACACCCAUCAAGGAAAUGAAGAAGUCCAGGCACUAUGACGAUACUAAAAACAACAGCACCCAUGACUUGUCACGCAGCCCUCAGAGCCUCAGUGACACCGGCUACUCCUCUGAUGGCAUCUCCAGCUCCCACAGUGAAAUCACAGGUCUAAUCCAAGAGGAGGAGAUGAAACUGAGUGAGAGGGGGAUCAGUGGGCGAGGUUCCCCACCAAGCCCUUCUGAAAUCACCAAGCUAGAAAGCUCCAUGAGGCCUUUGCUGGAGAAGAGCCUUUCUGAAGAUAAGGGUGACCGAAGGGGGAGGAAGCACAGAGACAGAGACUUGGAUGACAGAGGGAAGCAGCGCCCACGCUCCUUGUCAAUCCCACCAGAUUCAUACGACUCUGAUGAGGAACUAGAAGAUAUACUAGAGGAAGAGGAAGAUGCAGGAGACUGGGAGGGUAAGCGGAAGGAAGGGAAGGAGGAGAAGAAGGAGAAGAAAAAGAAGGAAAAAGAGGCUGAGCCCACUGAGAUGACAGAUGAGGAGUUCAUGAGGAGACAAAUAUUGGAGAUGAGCGCUGAUGAAGAUAUUGAGGAGGAGGAGGAGGAGGAAGAGAUGGAGGAAGAGGAAGAUGACGAAGAUGAAGGAUAUGGCUACCAGAAACCCAAGAAAAGCCACCACAAACACACAACCUCUGACUCAGGGAAAGAGAAAAGACGUCUUCAGCACCACUCCAGCAGCUUUGAGGAGGAAACUAAGAGCUCAACCGAUGUUUAUAAAGGCUCAGUGGAGGAGGGUGAGGAAGAUAUGAUGGCAUCACAAGGAGGCUUGAGGCGCUUCAAAACCAUUGAACUCAAUAACACUAGUAGCUACAGCCGAGACAUGGAGCUGGGCAAUGAAAAUGACUUGAGCCUUGAUCGGGAACCAGAGUUAGAGAUGGAGAGCCUAACAGGAUCUCCAGAGGAGCGUUCUCGAGGUGACUACUCCUCCACUCUGCCAGCAACUUCGUCCUCAUAUGGCUCAGGCCAGUCACCUACUUCGAUCUCAUCAAUGGAGGAGGACAGUGACAGUAGCCCCAGCAGGAGGCAAAGGCUGGAAGAGGCCAAGCAACAGAGGAAAGCACGCCACCGCUCCCAUGGCCCUCUCCUUCCCACCAUUGAAGACUCUUCAGAAGAGGAUGAGCUGAGGGAGGAAGAGGAACUUCUGAGAGAGCAGGAGAAGAUGAGGGAGGUGGAACAACAGAGAAUAAGGAGCACAGCACGUAAGACCAAGAGGGAUAAGGAGGAGUUAAGGGCUCAGAGGCGCAGGGAGAGGUCCAAGACACCACCUAGCAAUCUCUCACCCAUUGAAGAUGCUUCUCCAACAGAAGAGCUGAGACAAGCUGCAGAAAUGGAAGAGCUCCAUCGUUCUUCUGCUUCUGAAUAUUCCCCUCAGAGUCUGGACUCAGAGGCUGAGGGAUACGAGUCCAAACUUUACAAGUCAGGCAGUGAAUACAACCUGCCUACCUUUAUGUCUCUCUACUCGCCAAUAGAGAAAUCAUCAACUACAACAACCACCACAGCUCCAUCUUCAACUUCCAAACCGCUGAAGAGCGCUGAGGAGGUUUAUGAGGAGAUGAUGAGGAAGGCAGAGAUGCUUCAGAAACAACAGCAGCAACAGCAGCAACAUGGAAGACAUGGGCAGUACUACGAGGAGGAUGUUAAUGGACAAGGUUAUGAUGACGAGGAUGAAUUUGAACAAGAUCAAGCAGGAUAUGAUAAUGAGGCAGUAGAGACAGAAACAGAUAUUUACGAGGAGAUACGACAAACAUCUCAGAACAUCACCAAGAUGCAGCAGGCCACUGAUGAGCAAGUAGAGAUUGAGAUUGAGAGCUCCUACUCAGACAAACAGCUCCUAGACACAGGCUCAGCCUUUGCUAAGCUACUGGAGCAGAGCAAUGCUCUACUCACUCCAGGGACCAGCCCCACCCAGAUCUCAGCUCCUGUCUCCUUUGCUGAGACUGGAGGACGGAUUCCUGAUGUCAGAGUAACACAGCACUUCUCUGCAAAGGACGGACACAAAGACAAGAUCAAAAGCCAAGCAGGAAAGAACGGAAUAACUCCAACGGUGGCUGCCACCACUAUUGCAGCUUAUGGAGUAUAUGCCAGAGAUGCAGUAACUAUUUCUACGACUAGUACAAGCCACACCAUGACGUCUACUCAGUCUGGUAUAUAUGGCCGGCACACGUCAAGUCCUGCCACAUCUUCAACUACAGUCUCAAGUGUAUGCAGCAAAAUUGCAGAGAUUACCCAGGCCUACAGUCAAAGAGAAGUGAUCACCAGAAGGGUAGGGGAGACCAGGGAUGUCCAAGUGCGAGACAGCUCAACAUCUUCCACUGAGAGAAUUAUUGAGCCACGCUCUCCAAAGUAUACUACUUACUACAGGAGCACCAGUCCUCCUCUUUCUCCAUCACCACCACCACAGAGUCCUACCCGUUCACCUUCCAGAAGGAAUACAGCUGAGUUCUCCACACAGACUUUCAAUUCAGCAUUGCGGAUGUCAGAGUCAGCCAUCUCUGGGCCUACAUCUCCAGUGACAGCGCAGGGAACCCAAACAUCACAUCGGUCAGUUUCCCCACGGCUCUAUCGUCAGCAGUCUUCCCAGGAUGUCCCAUACUCCCCACCUCCGAGCCCAGCUCGACCAAUGACAGUCAACACUGCUACUUCUCCCCUGUCAUCGCCUACACGAUUUAGCCGCCAAUCAACAUUUGACAAUUACUCCCCAUGUGGCAGCCCUCCAGACACGCCACCCUACCAACAUACUCCUACACAUAGCUUCUAUCAAACACAAAGAGUGGAGAAAGUAAAUGUGGGAACAAGUAUGGUCACCACAGCCAGCACUUACACCAGAGGGUCUAUGUCAAUGGACAACAUCUCCCUCUGUCGAAUAUCUACAGUCCCAGGUACUUCUAGGGUAGAGCAGGGCCAUAUGAUCCAAGGUGGAAGUGUCGUUGACCUCAGAACAGCAAGCAAACAAGCUCCUAUUAUCAUGACUGACCAGGGAAUGGAUCUCACCUCCUUGGCCACUGAAAGCAGGAAAUACCAUGGUGGAUCAGAAGGUAGCAGACAUUCAACGAUUGUACAGCCACUAAUUAUGAACCUGAACACCCAGGAGAUCAUCACACCAACCACUGUGAGUGUCACAGUGGCUGCUUCCAUGUUCAUGACCCAGCCCAAACAGCCUACAAUCUAUGGUGAUCCCCAUCAAAACCAAGUGGAUUUGGGUCAAGGCAUGGGUUCGGCUGUGUGUCUUUCCCAAAACAAGCAACCAACUUCACCUCCAACUGACCCAACAAUACCAAAAAUUGAUGCCAAACUGGAAGACCUCAGUAUCCAACAGAGAGAGCUACAAAUACAGCAAGAAAAGCUGCAGAAGCAACAACAGCUCCUUGAACACCAGUUGCAGCAGCACCAUCAGAUGCAACAUCAGCAACAACAGGCAUCUGCUUUGGCCAGGUACAGCCUUACUGGCCAGAUCGCACCUUUACUGAAAAAAGACAUGCUAGUCAGUCAGUCUAGCGCUGCCUCAGCAGUGGUCAGUGCUGUAUCACCAGUCAUUAACCCUGAGCUGUAUGGCACUGGUCCUGUUGAGCUGAAAGGGAAGCCCAGUCCUCCUGGUUUGAUAUCAGGAGGUAAAUCACCACAUAGCAUGGUAGUACAGAUGGAUGGAGGGCCAGAGCAGGCCAGGGCAAUGACUCAGCUGGUGAAGGUAGAAGUAGGACAGGAUGCUAUGGACCUGACAGGAGGCCAAAUUAAACCCGAAAACCAACCAGCUUGCUGUGAUGUUGUUUACCGACUUCCAUUUGGUGGAAGCUGUGUCGGUGGUGAGAAAGAGGGCAUAAGGCCUCCAUCUGCCCCUCCUCUCACCUAUGAGUCUGACCAAGAAAGACUACCUGAAGGGUACCAUGAAUAUCAAAUGGAUGAACGUAAGGCCUAUACAUUACCUUUCCCUGGUAGGCUCCAGCCUUCAAUGUCUGAUACAAACCUAGCUGAAGCUGGCCUACAGUCCUACCAUUCCAAACUAGAACCACACCUCCAAGGCACAGGAGAACUUGCCGUAGAUUUAACUGCAAUGAAACAGGGUUAUGGAGGAUUUAUGGGGAUGCAGUAUGGCUCUUAUACAGAUUUACGGCAUGGAGGAGACAUAGCCUCCCAAACCCUGCCUAUAAGGAGAUAUAAUUCCUUGUCCAACAUCAGUUCAGACUAUGGCUACUCUCCUCGGGACAUUGCUAGCUUCCAAGAAGCUAACUUGGCUCAGUACAGUGCUACGACUGCCAGGGAGAUCAGCCGGAUGUGUGCAGCUCUCAAUUCCAUAGAACGAUAUGGAAGCAACCCAGACUUGAUGCAGUUUGGUAGUUUGGGGAGAGGAACAGGGCCUGGGGCUUCAAGACUUGCAGCAGGUCUUGGCAUGAGACAGACCCUGCUUUUUGGACUAGAUGGGAAGCCAAUCUCCCAUAGUCAAGCGCUAACCAACCUUAUCAAUGCCAGGCAGGCCAGUCUCAGAGCCAUGUACCCUGCUGCUAUUAGGUCCGCUGAUGGGAUGAUCUACUCCACCAUUCAGACCCCCAUUGCUUCUACACUUCCCAUCACAACACAGCCUGCCUCUGUUCUUCGCCCACUACUGAGGGUCUACAAGCCAUACCCUUCUGCCAACAUGACACCUGUGCCCCUAUCCAGUCUUAGCAGACUACCAAUGAGCCCAAGAAUACCCUUAACUGGGCAAGCUCCACUCCGUUACCCAGCACCAGGUCUUCUCCAAACAACAUCAACCACUGCCACUUCUGCUGGUGCAGCGACAACUUCAGCACCAGUAGGUGCCCCAGUGUCUGGUUCCAUUGGGACUACUGGUCCGACAGUCCAGGAUGAACCAGUUUACCUCGGCAAAAGUGCAUCCUCAUCAGCGGAGGUCAGCUCAGUACAAGGAACAGUUGCCAUACCAAUGGAGCCACAGCAGCAGCCGAUAAACCUGUCCCAGGCCCACCUGAACACACAGCAACAGCAACAGCAACAGCAGCAACAGGCAUCUGCUCAGCAGCCACAACAGCCUCCUCCAGCAGCCCAUGCCUACCCACCCUCAACUCCUUCACACAAUCAGGGCUACGGCCAACCACCAGUCGGUCCCUCUGUCCCCACUAGUGGCUUACCCCUUUCAGGGGGUCUUCCUCCCUUCCCCCCUCCAGGUGCCAUACACAAGGAGGGUGAAACCGAGGCAGAGAGGCUGCAUCGGCAGCAGGAGCAGCUUUUGCAGAUGGAAAGGGAGCGUGUGGAGCUUGAGAAACUCCGGCAACUGCGCCUGCAAGAGGAGCUGGAACGAGAAAGGAUAGAGCUAAAGCUACACAGGGAGAAGGAGCAGAUGCUUGUGCAGAGAGAAUUACAUGAGCUGCAGAACAUCAAGGACCAGGUCCUACAGCAGCAGCAACACGAACGCGAGAAGCAACUUGUUAUCCAGAGGGAGCAGUUGGCACAGCAGAAGUCACAGCUAGACCAGAUUCAGUCUCUACAGCAUCAGCUCCAGCAGCAGCUUGUAGAGCAGAAGAGACAGAAAACAGCUGCAGCUCAGAGCAUACAGCUUGAUGCGAACGGACAGCCCAUCGACUCUCAGAUCGGCUCCCGCUCUCUGCCCAACUCCUCGUCAGAGAUGUGUCUGAGGAGCCAGCAGGAGCACACGGAAACCAGGAGCAACAUGAGGAAACACAGCUCCAUGACCAGACUGAGCAGGGACAGCUUAGACGACGGCGUGGUGUUUUACGGAUCCCCCCGCAGGAUCGUGGACAGCUCUGUGCAGACAGACGAUGAAGACGGAGAGGAGAGGUACAUGAUGCGUCAUCGGACCAGAAGGCGUGGUCGUAGUGUUGACUGCUCAGUCCAGACAGAUGACGACGAGGACAAGGCUGAGAACGAGCAACCAGUCCGACGAAGACGUUCCCGUUUCUCCCGGCACGCCGAGUCCAGUAACACUGGCACCAGCACUGCCGGCACAUCCACCACGGGUUCUGACUCCAAGAACGAAACUCCCAAGAUGGUGUCCUCCAGUAUUGCCGUCCAGACCAUCAGGGAGAUGUCUUGCCAGACGGAAGUGGAGCACUUGGGAAGAGUCUCCCCAGCAAUCCAUGUGACAGUACCAGACCCGAAUAAAGUAGAGAUUGUGCACUACAUCUCCGGACCUGAGCGGACCCAAAAAGGACAGUCUCUAGCAUGCCAGACCGACCCAGAAGCCCAGUCACAGGGUGUUGUAGCUCCCCAGCUCAGCGUGCCAACCACAGUGAGUCCAUAUUCUUCCUCUACCAGUACUGGAACGCAACAAUCCGGUUCUGCCGACCUCCUGACCCAGCAGCGCCAGCAGCAGCACAUUGCAGCAAACGCAGCCAAGUUUGAGCGCCGCCGCCCCGAUCCGCUCGACAUCAACUACCAGCCUCACAACCACCUCCACAACGAGUCUAUCUCCAGCAUCAUCCGGCAGCAGCAGACAGCUCCCAAAUCCCCACAAGUCCUCUACUCUCCCGUCUCCCCGGUGUCCCCUCACCGCCUGCUGGAGACUUCUCUGUCCAGUGAGAGGCUGAACAAAGCCCAUGUCACACCUCAGCAGAAGUCCUACACAGCAGUCCCCCAGAGACACCCUUCUGUGCCCCGGCCAAUUAAGAGCACCCAGAGGUCCAUGUCAGACCCCAAGCCUCUCAGCCCCACCACAGACGAACACACCAAAGCUAGGCUGUCCCUCUACCAACAACAAGUGCUCCAGAGCCAGCUGGCAGCUCUACAGCAGAGCUCACUGCUCCGCAAGGUCAAGCGAACCCUGCCUAGCCCUCCUCCAGACGAGACUACCACAUCAGCUCACCUGCCCAUGAUGGCACCCGCCCUCCAACAGGUCUACCUGCCCUCCGUGCCCAGCCUCAAGCCCACCUCCAGGUCUGGGUUGGCUGCCAAAGCCAGCCUCCUCAAAGACCUCACCCACGAGCUGAAGGCCGUGGAGCAAGAGUCAACCAAGCUUAGAAAGCAGCAAGCUGAACUGGAGGAAGAAGAGAAAGAAAUUGAUGCUAAGCUGAGAUACCUAGAGCUGGGGAUCCAUCAAAGGAAAGAGACACUGGUCAAGGAGAGGGAGAGGAGGGAUAUUGCCUACCUGAGGUGUAUGGGGGACACAAGGGACUACAUGUCUGACAGUGAGUUGAAUAACCUACGUUUUGCAGCCGCAGCUGCAUCACAUGAGGCCAAUGGGCUACUGUCAACGAGACCGAGCACCGCCCCUCUGAGUCAGUUCACCAGCGACCUAAACACAUCAGCCCCGUACCCGCCCACCUCCUCCUUCCUCUCCUGUCAGUACCCCCAGAGCCAACCGGCAGCACCAAUGCAGCAAUCAAGUGUGCCGUACCAGUCUUCGACAUUCAACCAGCCUCCCUAUCCCACAGUGUCUCAGUCCCAGGCACUGCCACAGCCCACGCCCCUCCAGAGCCAUGUCCCACCACCUGGACCUUCUUACCAGUCUCAAACCUCCUACCCCUCCCACACCUAUCCCCAAGCUCAGCCCCCAUACCCCCAGACAGACAUGGGGUUACCAGCUGCACCUCAGCCUCAGCCUCAGCCCCAACCGGGGCAUACGGGUUUUGGACCUGCACCGCCUGGUCAGCCCCCAUACCCCACCCACAGCUCACCCUAUCCCAGCGCUGUGUCCUCCUACCCCAGCCAGACCACCCCAUACCCUGGGCAGCCCCAAGCUGAUAUCCUGACAGUCCAUCCAGGAAGACCAAGGCAGACAUCGCUGGCCGAUCUGGAGCACAAGAUGCCCACCAAUUAUGAGACGAUCAGCAAUCCCACAGUUGUGGUCACCACCACCGCCCAGGACGCCGCCUAUUCCAGUGCAGCCCCCUCUUAUGGUCAGUACACUGGUUCGACUACCAUGGCCAACUCUUAUGGGCUAUAUGGGUCAGGACCAGUUUCCAGCAGCUACGGUGGGUACUCUACCAUGCCACCUAGUACAUAUGCCCAGUAUACUUCAUCCUCAGCUAAUUCAUAUGGCCAGUACACCACAACCACUGCUAAUACUUAUGGGUACACCACCACCACAGCCAGUGCAUAUGGACAGUACACUUCCACAGUCUCCAACGCAUAUGGGCACUCUGUAGACAGUCCUUCCACAUACAACAAUGCAGAUGGGAUGUACGGGGCUCCUGGCUUAGAGCAGAACAUCCCAAGAAACUACAUGAUGAUUGACGACGUCAGUGAGCUUACGGCGAAAGACGGGCUGCUGGGCACGACGACAGGGGACAUGAUGCAUCAUGGUGGCAGUGGGCGCUACCCGGGCGACAUCCACGGCCACAGCACCACCACUGGCAGCACCACGCGUGGGGGAAUUGGCAGCUCCUCGUACGGCAGGACACCUGAAGAGGAAGCAGCGAUGCAGGAAGAGCUGUACGACCACCACGGCAGGGGUAAGAGCAGCUACAGGCACGGAUCUCUAGGGGGCAGCAGCAGCAGCGUGGGCUCUAGCAUGGGUGGGGGAUCCUCCUAUUACUAUGACUACGACUGCAAACAUGGCAGCAUCCGCUCUGGGGUGCAGAAACCAUCGUCGUCCAGCAGAAGCCUUCUGGCUCCUGCUGUCAUGUCCACCAAGCGCAGCAAGCACAGGAAGCUGGGGAGUAUGGAGCAGAAAAUCUCCAAGUUUUCCCCCAUUGAGGAGGCUCGGGAUGUGGAGGCAGACCUGGCCUCCUACUCCUCAGCGACUGUUGGGGCUUACCCGGUCUCUCAUGUUCGAGGGCGCAAGCUGAUCGAAGAUUACGGCUUCAAGAAGAAUACCUGCGAGGGCGGCAGUGGCACCGCUCAUGGUAGUCGAUACUAUGGUUCAGCGGUGGAGGAGGACGAUCGGAUUUACUACACCUCCACCGGCCGCUCCCGUUCCACCGGCUACGGCAUGGACAAGAUCUCAGCCAGAGACUACUCAGGGUAUCGCAGCCGAUCCUACGAGAGGGACGACCGCUCCUACCGAUCUGGCUACAGCCGGGGGCGCCACCCAACCCGGCAGUACUCUGAAGAGGAGAGCCCACUCAGUCCCCUGAGGAGGUUCAUGGGUUCGGGGCGCUCAUCCAGCUUAGGUCCCGACCCGUACGACAGUCGCAGCAGUAGAUAUCAUUACUAUUACGGCCAGUAUGGUUCCAGCCACUCGCUGCCAGAUGUACAAGACCACAUACGAGACCUUCCCAGGACACAUGUCUACAAAUCGGAUGAUACAUACAUUAUAGACGAUUAUCAUUGCGCUGUGUCAGACAGCGAAGCCUACCAUCUGGGCCAAGAAGAAACGGACUGGUUUGAGAAGCCACGCGCCAGUUCUCGACACUACGGAGGCAGCCACUCAACUGGGAGGAGCCGGCACGGUGUCAAGCAUACCUACCAUGAUUAUGAUGAGCCUCCUGAGGAGGACCUGUGGCCCCAGGAUGAGUACGGCCACGGAGGGCGUCACUCUGCAUCCCGUGACCACAGGCACCAAGGCAGCUCUGGCCGUCACUCAUCCGCAUCACGUCAUUCAGAUGAACCGAGGUCCUCGAGGUCAACCAAGGGGCACCCCAAAGACCCGUCAAUGCGCCAAGACCCCUCAGCACGAUCCUCAUCUACAGGGAGGCGUGGUGAGUCCAGGUCUGGAGGGUACCACGCUUCAGAUUAUCCCAGAGAUCCGUCUGGGCACCACCACGGACAGCGCUCCUCCAGACAGGGGGACCCCCACCGUUCUUCACGUAGCAAGUCCCAGCAGCAAGUGGACAUGCAGGGCCAACCACCUGGCUCCUCCAGGUCUGGCAGCUCUACACGGGCUCAGGGCCCCGCUGGAGGGCCUACUGGAUCAGGGCGACAGGGUGGUCCUGGUUCCCAGACAGACGGAGCUCCAGGACAGAGGACCCAGCUCCAACAGCAAGCCCAGACAUCAGCGGCCAGGUCAGGGCAGCCUGGUCCCGCAGGGACCACCGGCCCUCAGCAGCAGCCCCCAGCCCAGGGACAAGGCAUGGGUAUGGGCAUGGGCAUGGGGCAAGGCCAGGCCAAGCCAGGGCAGAUGGGUCCAGCAGGUGGACCCAUGGGUCAGACCAGGCAGAUAGGUCCUGCAGGAACCACGCCAGCCACCAUGGCCAAGAUGGACACGCCUCCAGUAACAGCUAUUGGAGCAAAGGCAGCGCCCGUCAUGGCCACAAAAGCCGCCCAGCCCCCACUCACAGGCAUAGGCUCCAAGGCAGCUCCUAGGCCAGGUGGUAUUGGCAGUGCAGCAGCAGGUCAGCCUGGCAUGGAGGGAGACAGCAUGUUGUCCAAGAUCCUCCCUGGAUCUGCCGCUGAGCAGGCCGGCAAACUGGGAGACGCUAUCACCGGUUUUGGCAAGAAGUUCUCAUCCUUAUUCUAAAGCGUUAAGAUUAAGGACUAUGUAAAUGUAAAAUGACCAAGUCACGAGGCCCCGUACCAGAAAAACCUGUGAAGUUCCCCC